ACCAUUGAGGCUUCAAGUAUUGAAACCCUUUUCAUCUCUCUACCCCGAAACACCGAAUUCCUGAUUGAAACCGGAACCCAGCUACCUACCCCAUCCUUUUUGUCGAUAUCACGGGGAUAUUUUAAACAAACAUAAUGGCCUCAACUCUUCGUCAUUCCUCCCGUCUCGGGAUCCGUACUGCUCGCUUCGUUCUUCCAAGGGGUCGAAAUGCAUACGCAACGGUUGCCCCCUUUUUCAGCAAUGAACCAAUUCAGCCUUCAGUGAUGACACCAAUCCCUGGACCUGUUUCCAGGAAAGCGAUCGAAGAAUUGGAUUCUGUGUUCGACACCAGGAGCUUGAACAUGAUAUGUGAUUAUAAGAAGAGUGUUGGGAAUUAUCUUGUUGACAUGGAUGGCAACGUGAGCUUGCCGAUCCCUGGGAACACUAUUGCUUCAAUCCCAGUUGGCUACAAUAACCCUCGUCUCAUUGCAGCUAUGUCUUCCAAAGAGGCUGUCGAUGCUCUCGUAAAUAGGCCUGCUCUUGGUGGCUUUCCUCCCGCAUAUUGGGCUUCUCUCCUGAAGACUGGAAUACUUGCGGUUGCACCGAAGGGUUUGGAUCAGGUAUUCACUGCCAUGGCUGGAUCUGAUGCAAUUGAAACCUCUUACAAGGCUGCAUUCAUUUACAGACGUCGUAUAGAACGUGGCGAAGGUGUGGAUUUUACUCCCCAAGAGAUUGAGAGUGUCAUGAAAAAUCAAGCUCCCGGGUCUCCCGAGUUGACAAUCAUGAGCUUCAAGAAGGCUUUCCAUGGUCGGUUGUUUGGAAGUUUAAGCACUACCAGGAGCAAGCCAGUUCAUAAGCUCGACAUCCCUUCUUUCGAUUGGCCUCAAGCUUCGUUCCCUCGGUUGGAAUACCCCUUGGAGGAUAAUAUCGAAGCAAACAAAAAGGAGGAAGAGAGAUGUCUAGCAGAAGUCGAAGAUAGGAUUUGUUCUUGGCCAAUUGCUGCUGUUGUCGUUGAGCCCAUCCAAUCUGAGGGUGGUGACAAUCACGCAUCUCCGGCCUUUUUCCAGGGCCUUCGGGACCUGACGAAGAAAAAGGGCGUUUUGCUUAUUGUCGAUGAGGUUCAGACUGGUGUUGGAGCGACCGGCAAGUUCUGGGCUCAUGAGCACUGGAAUCUCGAGUCUCCGCCAGAUAUGGUCACUUUUUCCAAGAAGGCUCAGACCGCGGGUUACUACUUUGGCAAUCCUUUGUUGAGACCGAAUUUGCCAUAUCGCCAGUUCAAUACCUGGAUGGGAGAUCCUGUUAGAGCGAUUCUUUUUCGGGCCAUUAUUCAAGAAAUUGCGAAGCAUGACUUGAUUAAAAAUACGGCCGAAACCGGUGAUUACCUCUAUAGAGAGCUUGAGAAGCUUGCCUCCAGUUUCCCAGAAAGGGUCCAAAAUCUCCGUGGAAAGGAUCGUGGAACCUUCAUUGCGUUCGAUACGCCUGAGAGGGACGCCCUCCUGAAGAAAAUGAAGACUUUCGGGGUUAAUAUCGGUGGUUCCGGAGAGACCGCUGUGAGACUUCGACCUAUGCUCGUCUUUCAAAAGCACCAUGGUUAGUUUUCAUGGUUCUUUCAUACUUUGCGUUGGCCGCAUACUCACAAGAAUUUUUUUGGCUUAGCAUCAAUUUUGCUCGAGAAGCUAGAAUUGGCGCUCAGGGAGAGUUGAGUAUUGAAUCCGUAAGUCUUUUUCAUCAGUGGAAAACCUCCAUAAUUAGCUCGGGAUGCGGUCGUUGGGCGUGUAUGUAGCACUUUAGUUCUCCCUCAGGGUUCGCUGUCUCAGAUAAAUUGUCUCCGUACUCGCAUAGGCCAUUAGCGCGAGUACGAGUAGAUUGGAUUAGGGAGCGGUGAUACAUCCUUCACGCAACGAUUUCGGAGAAAAUACUUCA